AUGGCCGAGAACGCUUUCCUUAUCCGAAAGACGACGACUGCCGAUGUGGCAAAGCUCCCCGCCGUAGAGCGUUCUGCUGCAAAGGCCUUUCGCAGCAUCCCAGAGCUGGCCUGGAUCGCAGACGACGAUCCCCAAACGGCCGCACGGCACCUCGAGCUGAUGGAGAGCGGCGUGUCUUGGGUCGCCGUGCCGGACUCGGGCGGCGGCGAGUCAUUGCUAGCAGACGGCCACGGCCCGAUCGGCUUCCUCAAUGGCCGGCUUCUCAAUGGCUUCCUGCACAUCUGGGAAAUGUCAGUCGACGAAAGGUGCCAGGGUCGAGGCAUCGGGAAACGGCUCCUGCAGACGGCCGUCGACCAUGCCAGGCAGCGGAACUACAAGGGCCUGACGCUGACGACGUUCCUCGACGUGCCCUGGAACGACGGCUUCUACAAGGCGCGUGGCUUUGUGCUGCUCGCGCCGCAACAUGUUUCUCCGCCCCUGAACCUCAGCAGGUACGCAGAAGGAGACAUCCAGCCACUCAUCACUGUCAGCUUCGUUGGCGAUAAGCACACCAAUGCAGGCUUCACGUGA